AUGUGGGCCCUAACAGAAGGCGACAAGAGCCCAGGAACUGGUGACAGAAUUUCGGGACAUGGAGAUGUCUCGAGUCAACGGGAGGCGAUGAACGCACGAUUUAAAGAUGCACCGACGCCGGCAGUCAACACCCGGAAACGAAAGUUGGACCCUACAGCUUACACUGUAGGCUGGAUCUGCGCUCUGAGAAUAGAGCAUUUUGCCGCGCGUCCACUUUUCGAUGAGGAGCACGUAGGGCCAGAAGCUUUGACUGGUAUUAGAGAUUUCGAAUAUACCUUAGGCAGAGUGGGAGAACACAACGUUGUUAUCGUUGUCAUGCCUGAGGCAUGUUCAAAUGCCGCCUCUAUUGCCGCUCAACAUCUCUCAUAUAGCUUUCCCAACAUCCAGUUCGGUCUCAUGGUUGGCAUUGGAGGCGGGGCGCCGAGUCAGAAACAUGAUAUACGCCUUGGCGAUAUUGUUGUUGGUGUCCCUCGUGGUGACAAACAUGGUGUAUUACAGUACGAUAUGGGCAAGACCAUGCAAGAUGGAAGCCUCCACAUAACAGGCUUUUUAAAUCCGCCGCCAAUCUUUCUGCGAAAUGCGGUGGACAGACUCCAGUUCCAGUAUGAGAUUCCAGGCCAGCAACUUCAAUUAACUAUCAACAAUAUCCUCAGCAGAAACCCCAGAUUACAAACCUUUAAGCGACCACAUGCCAGCGCGGACAGGCUGUAUCAAGCUGAAGUCACGCAUCCUCCAGGUACAGCGAGCUGUGAGACGUCCUGCGGUAACGAACCGAUGAAGCUUGUGCUGCGACAUGAGCGGGUUCCGUUCGAAAACGAUCCGGCUGUUCAUUAUGGGGUGAUUGCCUCAGCAAGCCAGGUAGUAAGGAAUGCUUUUAUUCGCGAUAAGUUAGCAGAGAAGAAUAUUCUUUGUUUUGAAAUGGAAGCUGCUGGCUUAAUAAGCCACUUUUCAUGCUUAGUCAUUCGUAGCACGUAG